UAAACACGAAAACCUAUAAAUACCUCACUUCACUCACUUCUUUGCUACUCACUUUUGCUCUCUCUCUCUCUCUCUCUCUCUCUGAUCAAUCUUCUUUCUGAGAUCGUUGAACCUUUCUGAGAUUUUGCGAUUCAAAAGAUUAAUCGUUGAAUCUUUCGAAUCAACCACAAACAGCACAACACACUGAUUCUUACAUUUAAUCAUAAUCAUAUCUAUUUCUUUAUUUUCAUUUUGUUUCCGUUUAAUUCUUUCCGUUUAAUUGCAUUGCAGGUUUAUUCUUUAAUCAUGAAUUCGAGAUACCCUUUUCUUACAAACCCUAGUUCUUCGAAAGAUAAGUGGGACAGGUUUAUCCCAAAUAGAUCUGCAAUGGAUUUCGAUUAUGCAUGCUACAUGGUGAUGGAGGGUACAAAGGUAAGAAAGGAGAAUCCCAACAGAAAUUCUGAAUACCAGAAACGACUUGCGGAAGCCUGUAACAUGAAUGACAGAACCCGAAUAUUGGCCUUUAAGAACAAGCCUCCAAUACCGGUGGAACUUGUCCCUAAGGAACUUGUUUUCCCUUCUCCUCCUCCUCGUCCUCAAUCCAAACCCUCUAAGCCCAGACGCAUUUCUAAGACUUGUACUAGGAUCGUGGAUGCCCCUGAUAUCUCAGGAGACUUUUACACGAAUUUGUUAGAUUGGGGUAGUGAUAAUGUUAUUAGCAUCGCCCUCCAAAAUACCGUUUAUCUUUGGAAUGCUUCAGAUUGUUCUGCUUCAGAACUCGUCACCGUGGAUGAGGAACAUGGUCCUGUUACAAGCGUUAGCUGGUCCCCAGAUGGAUGUCAUUUAGCCAUUGGUUUGAACGAUUCUCUUGUCCAGUUUUGGGAUACCACUGCUGAAAGAAUGGUAAGAACAUUGAGGGGUGGACACAGAGAAAGAGUCAGUGCACUGGCUUGGAACGGUCAUACUCUGACAACAGGAGGAAUGGAUGGUAAAAUAGUAAACAAUGACGUUAGAGCGAGAUCACACAUCGUUGAAACCCUCAAGGGACACGAUAGAGGGGUUUGUGGGCUCAAAUGGUCACCCUCUGGACAACAAUUGGCAAGUGGUGGAAAUGAUGAUGUUGCUCAGAUAUGGGAUAGGUCAGUGGCUUCUUCAAAUUCACCUACCCGUUGGCUUCACAGGUUCGAGGAACACGAAUCUGCUGUGAAGGCACUGGCUUGGUGUCCUUUCCAGGGUAAUCUAUUGGCUUCUGGUGGAGGUGCACUUGAUCGUUGCAUUAAGCUGUGGAACACACAAACGGGUGAAAAAUUAAACUCUGUUGACACGGGAUCGCAAGUAUGUGCUCUGCUGUGGAAUAAAAAUGAGCCUGAGCUUCUUAGCUCUCAUGGUUUCCAUGAGAACCAGCUUAUCCUAUGGAAGUAUUCUUCAAUGGUGAAGAUGGCAGAGCUCAAGGGUCAUACCUCGAGGGUGCUGCACAUGACACAGAGUCCAGAUGGAGAUAUGGUGGCAACUGCUGCCGCAGAUGAAACACUAAGAUUAUGGAAUGUCUUUGGAACACGAAAACGUGUUGAGCCCUUUACUAGUUUCAACCGUAUCCGUUGAAGAUGAAGACUUGUGUUACUUCUGUACGAAAAAUGAUUGUUUAAAUAAUUUUUUAUGGUAUCCCCUGUUCUAGUUUUUGCAGGUACACAGAUGUUUGAUGGGAAGAUACAUAUAUUUAUACAGUAAGCAAGUGUAUAUGUUCAUACAUAUUACAUACAUAUCUUGGACUGAAGGGACAUGAUUGGAUUUUGGAAUGAGUCUGUGAAUGUAUGCAUAUACAAG